CAGAAACGUGGUUGCACACGGGUUGGCUUGACUGCACUCCGUGUCGUGCCUGAGCGGACUGUGAAGUCUUGCAGCGGUUCAGACUUGAGGAGUGACAACUUAUGAUGGCGAUGGUGAGCGCUGCUCCUCAUCCGCUUGCUCUUCGCUCUUCCCGGUUGUCUGGACGGAGGCGACGGCAGCAGCUGCUGCGGGUCUGAGAGGAGAGGAGCGGCGGCGGGGACGAGGACGAGCCCAACCGUCAACUACCUACCUACCCUACCGGAGAAGAGAGAGAGAAGGAGAGGAGGGGGUGAAAGCUCGGGAUAUUCAAGGACAUUUUGACGUUAUCGUAGCUACUUUGGCCUUUUUGGUUGUGUGCCGAUUGAGGAAAUCCGACGCGUGGUGGUUCGAGUCCGAUGCGCAACGAUGUGGGCAGGUUUUGUAAACAAGCGCACAAACGGCGGCUGAUGUCAUGUAAAUAAAUAUAUAUACAUAUACAUGUGUGUGUACAGAGAAGCGAGCUUGGUGAUGUUUCUCUACCCUUCCUCCUCCUCCUCCUGCUGCUUGAAGAGCCAAACAAACGGCGACGUUUGACAGAGGAGGAAACCAGCAGCUGACUUUAUGGCAUCAGACCUCAUCUCUGCUUCGUGCUGAAGGAAAACUGGUGAAAGUGGUUUACCCCCUACAACCACCACCACCACCCUAUAAACAAACAAACAAAAAACUGAAUAAUAAGAAGACUUCAUUUGAGUGCUGGAGUGUGCUGACAGCAGCCCAGAGGUGCAUCACUGGCGCGCAUCAGGUCCAGGAACCAUCAAUGUGGACUUCAAGCUGGUGAUUUGACAAGUCACAAAUAGGAGCCCCCCGAGCCUCUCCUGUCCCCUCUUCCCCUCCCUUCCCUCUGUCCCUCCCUUCUCCCUUUCCCUUGUCAAUCUUCUCCCCGAUCCCCCUUUCCCCCCACCUCCAAGAUUCACCAUGCUUAUCAAGGAGUACCGCAUCCCCAUGCCCAUGAGUGUGGAGGAGUACCGCAUCGCCCAGCUCUACAUGAUCCAGAAAAAGAGCAGAGAAGAGAGCUGCGGCGAAGGUAGCGGGGUGGAGAUCCUAGAGAAUAAGCCCUACACAGAUGGACCAGGUGGGACGGGCCAGUACACCCACAAGGUCUACCACAUUGGCAUGCACAUUCCCAGCUGGUUUCGCUCCAUCUUGCCCAAAGCAGCACUGAGGGUUGAAGAAGAGUCCUGGAACGCCUACCCUUACACCCGCACCAGAUACACCUGUCCUUUUGUUGAGAAGUUCUCCAUUGACAUUGAGACCUACUACAAACCCGACACAGGCAACCAAGCAGAUGUCUUCAACAUGUCUGCAGCAGAGAAGAGACAAAGGACUAUCGACCCAAUUGACAUAGUGACAGAUCCCAUCCCCACUCAUGAGUACAAAGCAGAGGAGGACACACGGCUCUACAAGUCAGUCAAGACCCAGAGGGGUCCUCUGCGAGAUGACUGGAUAGAGGAGUACAACAAUAACCCAGGGAAGACCCCCAUCAUGUGUGCCUACAAGCUCUGCAAGGUGGAGUUUCGUUACUGGGGCAUGCAGUCUAAGAUCGAACGCUUCAUCCAUGAUGUUGGACUGAGAAAGGUGAUGGUGCGUGCCCACCGGCAGGCCUGGUGCUGGCAGGAUGAGUGGUAUGGUCUGACCAUGGAGGACAUUCGGCAGCUGGAACUGGAAACCCAGCUGGCCCUGGCCACAAAGAUGGGCCAAUUCAGUCAACCAGAGGAGGCCACAGAGGCCAACGGAGGCGCCCCGUCUCCGGACAAAGACCAGGAGGUCAAAGAGGCGAUCAGCUCCAUUGAAGCUGAGGAGGUGGUCGUCAGCUCGGGAGUAGAGACUCUCCAGCCACGUGGUGUACUCACCAAGCAGUGGUCCACUUCAUCCCGAUCCUCCCGCUCAUCCAAGAGAGGAGUGAGUCCGUCACGUCACAGCAUCUCCGAGUGGAGGAUGCAGAGCAUAGCGCGAGACUCAGACGACAGCUCGGAUGAGGAAUUCUUCGACGCUCAUGAGGAUCUCUCAGACGGCGAGGAGGUCCUCCCGAAGGAAAUCGCCAAGUGGAACUCCAACGACCUCAUGGACAAGAUUGAAGCUGCAGACACAGAGGAAACUCCUGGGGAACUGUUCAAGGAAAUGACAGUGGAUUAUGAAAGAGCAACCAGUGAGGAAAGACUAGAUGAGAUGGGUGGUUCUGUUAGCGGCCAAGCCGAUAGCUCUCCCAUUCCCACCAUCACGGUAACAAGGCACCCGUCAGAGAGCUCCUCUCAGCAGUGUCUGCAGCCUUCCAAGAUCCAUGUCCUGAUCUUGGUUCUGCACGGAGGGAACAUCCUGGAUACAGGCGGAGGGGACCAGAACAGCAAGCAGGCCGACGUCAACACGAUCAGCACGGCUUUUGAUACAGUCAUGCGUGUUCACUAUCCCGCUGCGCUGGGACGCAUCGCCAUCCGCUUGGUACCUUGCCCUGCCAUCUGUGCCGAGGCCUUCUCCCUGGUGUCCAACUUGAGCCCAUACAGCUAUGAUGAGGGUUGUCUGUCUAGCAGCCAAGACCACAUCCCCUUGGCAGCCCUCCCUCUCCUGGCUACCUCUGCUCCACAGUAUCAGGAGGCCAUGGCCACCGUCAUCGUCAGAGCCAACCAGGUGUACGCAGACUUCAUGAAGUCUCUGGACGGUGCAGCCUUCUCUGGCCAGGUAUGCCUCAUCGGGGACUGCGUGGGAGGAAUCUUGGGAUUUGAUGCACUGUGCAGUAGCAAUCAGACAGUUAAUGAAAGCCAGAACAGCAGUCGCAGAGGCAGUGUUGUCAGUGUACAGGACCAGGACCUCUUAUCUCCUGGCAUCAUUGUCAACAGUGGGCACGGGUCGGCCUCUCCAACCCUGGAGGGCAGCCGCCACCUCAGUCGCAGCAACAUCGACAUCCCUCGUACCGGCACAAGUGACGACCCCAAGAGACAACUGCCGCGCAAGAGAAGUGACUCCUCCACCUACGAAGUGGACACAAUAAAACAACACCAGGCCUUCCUGUCGAGCUUACACUCCAGUGUCUUGCGGAACGACGCAGCCUCACGCAGGUUGAGUAGCAGCACCACGUUGGAUGGAGGCUCCCUGGGGAAGUUUGAUUUUGAGGUGUCCGACUUUUUCCUCUUUGGCUCUCCGCUGGGCUUGGUACUCGCCCUGAGGAAGACCGUCAUUCCUAUGCUGGACGUGGCCCAGCUGCGGCCUGCCUGUCAGCAGGUCUAUAACCUGUUCCACCCAGCCGAUCCCUCAGCUUCCCGCCUGGAGCCUCUGCUGGAGAGGAAAUUUCACCUCCUGCCUCCCUUCAACGUGCCCCGUUACCAACGCUUUCCCCUGGGAGAUGGAAACUCUGCCCUACUGGUGGAGACAGUCCAGAGCAACGCUCAGCUGCUGCUUGACAGCGGGCCUCCCCUGUCCUUUCGCUGUCAGGAGACCAUCAGUGAGACCUUCAUCCCUGUGCCCGUGCUAAACUGGCAGGAGGGCUCCCUCAAAGCCACACCCGCCACUAUGGAGUCGGAUGUUGUUCAGUCUCAUGGUGGUGUCUUCAUGGACAGUUCGUACCCCUCAUCCCCCGUAACGGGCCCCCUCUCCCGGGGCCAGCGGAGGGCCAGUGAGGUCAGCAUUGCCAGCCAGGUCUCAGGAAUGGCAGACAGUUACACUGCCACCAACAUAGCCAACACCAAUUCAUGCCAAAUUAACCAAUCCAAAAAGUUUGGCCUUUUGUCCCAACUCGCCCUCUCAUCACAAAACAAAUUCUUCCUGAAAAGCCCUCCUAUCUCCCGUAAGAAAGCAGCGGCUGCCCAGGCCGCGGAAUCUCCUGAUGCAGAUCUAGCGGCAGAGCUGGACAGUGAGUCUAGUGAAGGUCUAAGCCCCACUGGUCAGUACGAGAACUGCCUGUCAGCCGGGCUGGACUUUGCUAUAUCUGAUCUGGUCUCACUGGAUUCCCAGGCUGAAGUGGACCAAGUUGCAGCACGUUGGUGGGGCACAAAGCGGCUGGACUUUGCCCUGUACUGCCCCGACGCCCUGACAGCUUUCCCCACUGUGGCUUUACCGCACCUCUUCCACGCAUCGUACUGGGAGUCCACUGAUGUUGUGUCUUUUCUCCUGAGGCAGGUCAUGAGGCAUGAAAACUCGAGUAUCCUCGAGCUCGACGGGAAAGAAGUGUCUGAAUUCACCCCCUCCAAACCUCGAGAGAAGUGGCUCCGCAAGAGGACUCAUGUAAAGAUCAGGAACGUGACUGCCAACCACCGUGUAAAUGACGCAGUGUACACAGAAGACUCCCAGCAGGUCGUGACAGGUCGCUUCAUGUACGGCCCUCUGGACAUGGUCACUUUGGCCGGGGAGAAGGUUGACCUCCACAUCAUGACCCAGCCUCCAUCAGGAGAAUGGGUGUACUUCAACACAGAAGUGACCAACAGCAGUGGCCGUGUGUCUUUUGUCAUCCCAGAGGACAAGCGUCUGGGCAUCGGAGUCUACCCAGUCAAAAUGGUUGUCAGAGGUGACCACACAUUUGCAGACAGCUACCUGACCGUUAUCCCACGUGGCACAGAGUUUGUGGUAUUCAGCAUCGACGGGUCGUUUGCUGCCAGUGUGUCAAUCAUGGGCAGUGAUCCCAAAGUGCGGGCAGGAGCCGUGGAUGUCGUCAGGCACUGGCAGGAUUUAGGCUAUUUGAUCAUCUACGUAACAGGACGACCAGACAUGCAGAAGCAGCGUGUGGUGGCUUGGUUGUCUCAGCACAACUUCCCUCAUGGCAUUGUUUCCUUCUGUGACGGCCUGGUCCACGACCCGCUCAGACACAAGGCCAACUUCCUCAAGACCCUGACAGAGGCUCACAUGAAGAUUUUCGCUGGCUACGGAUCAACCAAAGACAUCUCAGUCUACACCUCCAUUGGUCUCCCUUCCUCCCAAAUAUACAUCGUCGGUAGACCCUCUAAGAAGAUGCAGCACCAGUGCCAGUUCAUCACAGAGGGAUACGCGGCUCAUUUGUCCCAGCUGGAGUACAACCACCGUUCUCGGCCAGCCAAGUCCAGCAGCGCACGCAUGGUGCUACGUAAAGGCAGCUUCGGCCUGGGUGCAAACAGCGACUUCCUGAGGAAGAGGAACCACCUGCUACGCACCAUCUCCUCCCAACCGGCCCCCAGCUCCCCGACAGGCAGCAUCCACAACAGACCAGAGCGCACACAGAGCCAAUCAGACAGCGAGCGGCUGGAGAGCAUUCACAGCCACAGCCAGGCGGCAACACAGCGCAGCAUGAGCAUCACAGCCAGCUGCUGGGGCCGCAGCAGCAGCACCAAGCUGGAUCCAGGCAUUUUCAGCCCCAAAUGAGAUUACGGAGAUGAUGUGAGAAGACUUAAGGGGGAGUGACUGAAAAUAUAAGUGCGGCAGAUGAAGAGACUUAAGACGAAGUUAAAGCAAAGAGUGAAAAACAGUUGACUUGCACCAGAUGGGUAAAUACCACAAUGAAAACAACAGGUGCUACGAACCACUCUUUAUAAAACUAAUGCCAGUCACACUCGACAACAACAAAUAUUUAUGGGCAGGAGCUGUAUUUAUUAUAACACACACACACAGAACUUAACAGGCAUUUCAUGAAACAUCUUCCUGAAACAGGAACAUGCACACAAGUAGGCAUAGCAUAUACUGUAGGACUGUUUCUAUUAUUUAGUAAAUAUUUAUCAGUCUUGAAUACAAGGUCAGUUUUCCUCUUACAACAGGCGUUUCGAUUGGAGACAACAGCCCCCCACGCAAACAACACAAAGUGGUCAGAGGCAGCCUGGUCCGAGUGCUGUAACUGACCACUGUGGCCACUGCAAGCACAAUAACUAUAGAGGAGUGCAUAAUAGUUUUAAGCUACGUCAUUUUUACGUGAUAAAUACACGUCUGGGAGCAGAGCUGAGAAUCAGGUAAAACUGGAUUGAAUCAUUUAGCCAAAAUUUGUCUGUAAACAUAAAAAAAAAAAAACAUGUUGUGUAAGCCAAGGUGAAAUUAUUUAAUCGAGCUAUGACUCGUUGCACAUAUUUCUGACAUCUACAAACCACAAUAACGUUUCACCGAACCACACAGUCCAGUUUUGCUUGUUUUCUAGUCGUCCCUCAGACCAAAGAACCAUUCAAAUGUCACACGAAGCAAACUGCGAAAAAUUACCCUUUAACUGUGGUUGCAGCUGACACUGUCCCCUGGGUUUUUAUAGCAUUUUAACAUUUUAACCACCAUCUCACCACCACCAUAGUGUGCUGCUUCCUGGAUCACUAAUGUAUGAUUCAGCUAUAGGGAAAACGCCUACUACUGUACGGUUAAUGUGCCAAAGUAAACAGUGUAGAUGAUAUGCUCUACAUGAAGAGAGAGGAUGUGAUUCGGGUCUCCCUUGUAAAAAAAAGAAAAAUGGGAUUGUGUAUGUAUGCAGUCGAAUGCCUUAACAAGGCUUGUACAUAAUUGUUAUAUUACAGUGCAGAUCUGGUAUCUGGUCCACUGAAGACCAGUUUCAAGUGUCUUCUUUACUCUGGGGGUAAACACCGCCUCAUUCAGGAUACACUUUAUUGAUCGAUGAUGAUAAUUAUUGUUAUUUAAGAUUAUUGAUAUUUUAAAAAAUGUAUUGAUUUUGUGAACAAAAUGUGUUUUAAGAUUACUUUAGCUAUAUUGUAUUUUCUUUUUUUUCUCUUCAAACUUCAAUUGCAGCAGCCAAAAACUCAAAGAGGUCUUUGCCUGGCACAGUAUUGUAUUUUUAUGAUUUUAUCUCGCAGAUCACCAGAAUCGUAUCAACAGAACUGCUAUCUCGUGUCAUAUAUUGUAUGUUUGUUAUUUUGGAAACAUUUUUUGGGAUAUGGCUUCUCUCUGGUUAUCCCUAAGCUGUAAAUGAGGUGUUGAAUGUGCUCAUAGAUAAUCCUCCUUAGGUUAAGGUCUCUUUUCUCUGUUCUGCUGCGCCUUGUAGACGAAGAAGAAGAAUCUGCAAAUUGUAAAUUUUGUACAAUAUGCCGUCAGACGUAGAACACAGAGCUAAGACUUACUUUAUGCUGUUUGCCAUUUUAUUUCGGAAAUGGGUAAAAGUUUGUGUUUUAUUCAUUCAAACGAUGUUUUAUCUGUCCCUCCUGAUAGGCAUGUACAGAGCUUGACUUGCAUUGGACCAUUAUGAUGGGCUCAAAUGUUAAAGGGGAAGUGUGCAAUAUUACUCAACCAACACCACAAGAUCAAACAGACUGUGUUGAGUGAAUGUCACAGUGCAUUGACAAUCAGUUCAACAGGCACAUAUUCUACAGAUGUCAAACUGCAGAGGGAAUCUGAACUCGUCUUAGCACUCAACAAAACGCACACCGGUACACAUGCAACAUUUAGUAGACUUUGCACAAGAAAAGUGCCCCUGAUCUGAUAAUGGUAUGAAAUGUUACAGUAGGUUUUCUCCCGUGGACAGUCUUAACUUUGUCUGUGUUUCCAUUCCAGCACAUUUAGGUAGAAAUGGAGCCGCGUAACAUUUAAAAGGUGACCAUAAAAAUCAAGUAUUUUAGACAGGUUCAACUUUAAAGGCUGUAGUUUGUGCUGCUGUUAUGUUCUCUGAGAGGUGUUUCUAAUAUUUUGUCCACCCCGUUUUACAUCAGUGAGGGUAGAUGUAAGAUGUAGACGCUUCAUUCUUCCUGUUUUUUAGCUACCUGGUUAAGGAAUUUUAGUUGAAUUACCUAUUGUACUAUCGUCCCUCUGCAUUUUGAGAUUCGGCUUGAAGCCAUAUUUAUACAACUCUUUUGAAAGCUGCUGAUUUAAAGAACGGCACGUUUGUACAUUGAUUGUAAUUAGAUUUAAAAAAGAUAAAAGGAAAAAAAAAAAAGAAGACAUGCACUCAUCUAAAAGUUGACGACUACUCGACCAUGCUCCCUUCCUCAGAGAUCUGAAUUGCCUGGAUAUUAAAAAUCCAAGAGAAUGUAAAGACGAAGCGAGCGGUGCGCUUAUCUGUGACGUUUGGAUACCUCUGGGCAGACAAUCGCUUCAAUUCUGCUACUGACACACACACAUAUAUUACCAGAGGCCUUACAGCUCCCCUUUCUGCCUUACAUUGACCAUUGUGUUGUGAGGCCUAGAAUGAACACAGCUCACUCCAGAAUUGACUCCAUAGAAAAAAAGGAUAGGACUGUUUGUGUAGACUAUAAUAGGAAAAGGCCAUAUUUUCUUAAAAAGGCUUUUCACUAUAAAGGAAAUCUAUUCGAUAUAUUCACAAACAUUAGGCAAGCCAUCACUAUCUCAAGCUUUGUCCCCCCGGGUAAAUGCAAUGCCACAGCUGUUAGCUCAACAGUCAGCAUUCAUAUAGGCUGUAUACUGUAUAUAUAUAUAUGCCACAUACCUUGGUAAAUAUUUUCAUUGUACAGGGUGUGUAUCUUGUAAGUUUUGGAUAACUUCAUUUUAUCCAUUCCCUUGUGUUUUUAUGUACAGUGUAUAAAGAACAUAUAAAGAACAACUGAGACA